AUCGUGUCGCUGCUCCUGGCCGAGAACAACAUCGGCAGCGCGGGCCUGCAGAGUCUUACCAGGGUGGUGGGACGAUGCUCGAGCCUGAGGGUGUUGAACCUGAGCUUCAACUCCAUCGGAGACUCUCACACCAAGGAGUUCUGCAACCAGCUUGCUUCCUGCCGUCACCUCGAGCGACUGGAGCUGCAAGGAAACAUGCUGGGCGCGCGAGGAGCAGGAGAGCUUGGGGCAGUGUUGAGCUCGAGCGGAGUAGAGGAGCUGCGACUCAACGUCAACCAGCUGGAGGCGCAGGGGAUGCGGUGCAUGUCCAAGCUCAUGAGAGCUUGUCCUAGCCUGUCGACCUUGACCCUGAGGAGCAACGACAUCCGGGACGACGGGGCGCGAGCGCUGUGCGAUGCGCUCAUCCUCCCCCACAGGUUGAGGGCUCUCGUCCUGUCGCAGAACAACAUCGGGGACGAGGGCGCU